UUGUUUGCUGCUAGGACCAUGUGUGUGUUUGUGUGUAUGUGUGUGACAGAGAUCCUGCAGUGUCACAGCUCGCUGACAUAAAAGUGAAGCGAUGAGAUCACACACGAGGAGAGGCGGACGCUAUAAAAGCUCAAAGCGAGCAAGAAUAAUCCUCAGCAGUAAAACAGGUGAAGCGCAUGACACCAGCCAGUGCGUUUGGAGAUUUCAGAAGAAAAAGUAGCGUGUUAGUUUUAGAAGGUGCUCAAAAGCUGCAGUCGAAUUCAGUUGUACUUUUAAUUAAAAAGUGAAUUUUGACGUCUCAAGCCCACCUAGAGGGGAUCGAGACGGGACUCAACAACUCACCUGACAGGUUUGAAAUUCUGCAGAACUGUUGCUGUCAACGACCUUUGAAGGAAAAGGGUCAGAAUGUGUUCAGGCGGCUUUGCAAAGUGUCUGGGUAUCAGCCUGAUGCCUCUUUCCAUCGUGUGUGUGCUCUGCAACAUCCUGCUGUUCUUUCCCGGUGGAACUGUCGUGGAGAAGGAUCAAAUCACAAGGCACGCUUUUUUUCUGGGAGGCAUCCUGGGAUCAGGUGUGCUGAUGAUCUUCCCAGCUUUAGUCUUCCUUGGUCUGAAGAACAACGACUGCUGUGGCUGCUGUGGAAAUGAAAGCUGUGGGCGAAGAUUUGCGAUGCUGAGCUCGAUACUGUUUGCAGCUGUUGGCGUUUUAGGAGCAGGUUAUUCGGUGGUUGUGUCUGGUGUGGCCAUCAACGAAGGUCCUCUCUGUCUCGUGAAUGGCACCGAGUGGAGUUAUCCCUUCUCAGAUGGGGACUACCUGUCUAACAGUACACUGCGGAAGCAAUGCACGGAGCCGAAGGACGUGGUGUCCUGGCACCUGUCUCUGUUCUCGGUGCUGCUGGUGAUGGGUUUGAUCCAGAUGGUUCUGUGUGCUGUGCAGGUGGUGAACGGCCUGCUGGGAGCUCUGUGUGGGGACUGCUGUGGCUGCUGUGGGGGGAGCGACGGGGCCUGAGUACUUCCUGUGGCUGACGGCGGACGUUGCUCCUAUAUUUAUUCUGUUUUCUGUUGGUUGCUUUUACAUUCAUUUCAUCAUCUUUCUGUAUAAAGAGCUCAUUGAUCACAGUGAGGGAUCUGAAAACACUGGAAAUGACAGAGUUCUUCAAGGGUUACUCUAAGUUUAUAUUGUUAAUUAAUUCUCUGUUGAGUCUAACUCCCACAACUAACCAGUGUGUGAUGCACGCACCAUGCUAUCUUCGUUUAUUUAAUUCCUUUGCUUGUUCUUUGUUUAAAUUUUCCUUUUCUUGUCUCAUAAAUAUCAUUUCUGCUGAUUAAUUUUAUGGUUAGUUGCUGCCCCCUAGUGGGCCAUAACCAUGAGACAAACUCAGGACUGAUCAUUUGUCCAAAAAUCAGCCUGUUUUACAUCUAACAACAUGUUAAACCUCUUGGACAUUUUUAAUUUAAUCUAAGUUAAUAUACUGCAGUAUUGGCUUCAUUUACAUAUUUUUUCUCAGAUUGUAACCUAACUGCUGGAUUAAUAAAGUUUAUGACGUUUCCUCCAUGUCUGCCUUGUGCAACACCACUUUGAUCAAAUAAAAGACACAAUUCAGAAUGGGUUA